UUGAGCUAUGUUACAGGUAGCGUUGCACGUGGUACAGGGCUAGGCCUCACUAUACAUUCCGUCAGUGGAAACGAUGCUGGAAAGUACCACUGUGUUGUGACUCGAUUCGCCAAGCAGCCAACCAGACCUGAAACAGGACCGCCUUUACGUCUCAUCGUGAAUGUCUCUCCUGUUUUACUAUCGCCGAUCGAUCAUCAAGUGAACUAUGGCAACAUUGGUGAUUCUCUGUCGAUAGAGUGCAAAGCGGAUGGGGUUCCACCGCCAGAGAUCACUUGGACCAAGAAUGACAAAAUCGUCAGCACCGGGCCACAGCUGCACAUAGACAAAUUGGAAGAACAGCAUGAGGGCACUUACACCUGUCUAGCAGUGAAUGUCGAAGGCCGAGCCACAUCACAUUUCGAGCUAAAAUUCUCAAGUAAGUUGUUUCAUUUAUCUAACUUUCUAUGA